UUCCGUAUUCUCUGUGCAGAAGAAUACGGAUUGAGCAGUAGGCUAUUCAUAAGACUGGUGACAGAAAUGUCUAUCUGUUUCCUUAGCUAACGCUAGAUAGCCAGUCUAGUUAUCCGAAGUUAGCAAAACUCCGUGUCAUAAACGCAGGUGCGUUAAAGCCCAUUAUCGCUGCUGAGACGUGUUGAAUUUCCGCGUUGGUUAGAGGGGUUCACUGAAAACCGGCCAAUUAAUCAGCGCCUCUAGACUACCACUGAGUAAAUUAAAUUAAAUUAAAAACUGGUCAGACGUUGAAGACUAGCUGGUCAGUAGUUGAAGAAGGUUAGCAUAAUAUAUGUUGAGGGACAGGAUGUUGCCAGGCUACAGUCCGGUGUGUCAGGCGUUGUUGGGAACUCUCUUCACCUGGGGGCUCACGGCUGCAGGGGCCGCCCUAGUCUUCAUCUUCCCCAGCCGCCAGAAGCGCUUUCUGGACGGAAGUCUGGGAUUCGCAGCAGGGGUGAUGCUGGCGGCGUCCUACUGGUCCCUGCUGGCUCCUGCGAUCGAGAUGGCGGAGGCGUCCCAGAAGUACGGAGCGUUCGCCUUCCUCCCCGUCGCCGUGGGCUUCGCUCUUGGGGCCGCCUUCGUCUUCAGCGCCGACCUCAUCAUGCCAUACCUGGGAGUGGGGGCGGACCCUCAUGUUGCUCUGGCCCUGCCCCCUGAAGCCAAACUCACCAAAGAGAAGCAGGAAGACUUCCUAGCCACGCCCACAGAUGUCCAGGAGCUGUCAAUCAGGAUAGGUAGAGGCGGAGCUUACCCAGGCAAGCCUCAACUCUCAACCCCGCCCACCCUGACCUCUGACCUUUGUGAAUUGAUCCUUAUUGUUCCUGUGUGUGUGUGUCUUGCAGAGGGGCUUGCUGUUGGUGUGGGAUUUGGGGCUGUAGGAAAAACCUCUUCAGCUACAUUUGAGAGUGCGAGGAAUCUGGCCAUUGGGAUAGGCAUCCAGAAUUUCCCAGAAGGCCUUGCAGUUAGUCUGCCUCUGAGGGGCUCAGGGGUCUCAACAUGGAAGAGCUUCUGGUAUGGGCAGUUGAGUGGAAUGGUGGAACCUCUGGCUGGGUUGCUAGGUGCGGUUGCCGUGGUGCUUGCGGAGCCGUUGCUACCCUACGCGCUGGCGUUCGCUGCCGGGGCCAUGGUGUACGUGGUGGUCGAUGACAUCAUCCCUGAGGCCCAAGUCAGUGGAAAUGGGAAGUUGGCCUCCUGGACCUCCAUCCUGGGUUUCAUCGUGAUGAUGUCACUGGACGUGGGCCUGGGUUGAGGCCUCCCAUUGGCCAAAAGCUCUGCUGAUGUCAUCUGGCGUGAGGCAGCUGAUUGGUCAGCUGGAGGACCUGCCCCUGGACCUCCUCAGAGGGGGGCAGGGUUUAUUUUGUUUUCAUACUUUUUUAUAAUUUUAUUUUAUUUUUAUUUUAAAGUCGGGAUAAUGUUCCAGAGAAGCAAAAAUGAAGAACAGUCACAAAUCGAUACUUGAAGUGUGUGUGUUCAGGAGUCACUGCUGCAGAGGGUGUGUGUGUGUGUGUGUGUGUGUGUGUGUGUGUGUAUAUUCU